AUGGCGAACGCCAGCAGCGGGCUGACUUUUCCUCGCGUCGGUGGCUUUGAUGAUGAAACUUUGAAACUGCGGCAACUGAAAUUGGAGAACCAGAGAACCCUUCUGGAGAAAAAGCAGCGGAAGAAGCGUCUGGAACCCCGGAUGGUGCAGCCCAAUCUUGAAGCCAAGCAGCAGCAGCACAGGGCGAAGCCUCGAGGGCCUGAAGAGCAGACCCCCUUAGUGGGGGCCCCGGCCCCUGCCCUCGCCAAUGUGGUCCUGCAUGGCAUUGACGGCCCAGCUGUCUUUCUGAGCUCAGAGCUACAAGGCUUGGAGGCCGAACGGCAGAUAAUUUCAGUUGGAUCAUUGACAACAGAAGAUGACACCAAGCCAGAAAACACAGAGGAAACCUCAGGAGAUUCAACUUCCAAGAUGGAUCUGCAAGACAUUCUACAGAAACGAGGUAUCUCCGGGAGUAUGAAUUUUGAUGAGGACACAGAUGAGGAGAAAGAAGCCAGGAAACCUUCAGGAUCUCCUUCACUCUCUUCUGAAUUGGAGAGACCGAGUUCUGCCAUCAGUGAAAAAUCUGCAGCCGAGUUGGGUGCUUCCUCUGCUGUGCCGCCUCCGACGGAUGCCCAGCUGGGAGAGAUAGAAAACCUGGAGGAGUUUGUGCUGCAUCCUGCACCUCGUGGCAUCACUGCCAAGUGUCGAAUCACGAGGGAUAAGAAGGGGAUCGACCGAGGCCUCUUUCCAACUUACUACAUGCACCUGGAACGAGAUGACAACAGAAAAGUAUUCCUUCUUGCAGGGAGAAAAAGGAAAAAGAGCAAAACAUCAAAUUAUAUAAUUUCAAUUGAUCCAACAGAUUUAUCCAGGGAAGGGGAAAGCUUUGUUGGCAAACUCAGGUCAAAUCUUAUGGGAACUAAAUUUACUGUCUACGAUCAUGGCAUUAACCCAGUGAAGGCGCAGGGGCUUGUGGAAAAAGCACACACCCGGCAAGAACUGGCUGCUGUUUGUUAUGAAACCAAUGUAUUAGGAUUCAAGGGACCCAGGAAAAUGUCAGUCAUCAUUCCAGGAAUGAAUCUAAAUCACCAGCGGAUUCCAAUCAGGCCACGAAAUGAACUUGAGAGUUUGUUGUCAAAAUGGCAAAAUAAAAACCUCGACAACCUGAUUGAGCUACACAACAAGGCUCCAGUGUGGAAUGACGACACCCAGUCUUACGUCUUGAACUUCCAUGGGAGAGUCACCCAGGCCUCCGUGAAGAACUUCCAGAUUGUUCAUGACAAUGACCCCGACUAUAUUGUGAUGCAGUUUGGUCGUGUUGCUGAAGAUGUGUUCACUCUGGAUUUCAACUAUCCCCUGUGUGCCCUUCAGGCCUUUGCCAUUGGACUCUCCAGCUUUGAUAGCAAGCUUGCCUGUGAAUGAUGGAGAUGGCAUUUCCAGCCUCCCGCUUGUUUUCCUUCUUGUGCUAAUGUUCAGGCUGUGGGGUGUUUGUGUGUGCGUGUGUGUGUGUGUGGUAAGAGACAUGCAGGAGGCUACUAAAGGGAAGUGCCGAGCUUCUUACCCAGAAGCAGACAAGGAGACCCAAUAGUAGCUGUCUUUCCAUAUGUGAGGCUCUGUGAACACAGUAGGGCAGAAAAAGGGAGUGCCAAUGGAGGAAAGGGAGUCUGUUUGUGAGAGAAGGCUCUGCCAUCAUGUCCCACCCCUAGAGCAGCCAAGCUGCACAGAGGCAGAAUCCCUGUUGCUGGAAUCCCAUAGCUGGAGCUGCCUGGCUUGAUGUUCCUUCUGCUGCUGGCCUGUAACAAAAAGUUGUCGUCGUGUCACUCUGCAGUCCAGUUGGUCAGUGAGGCUGGGGGGUUCUUCUUGUUGUUGCUCUGGUGAUAACGCUAUUUGUUGUCGGACUUUGUUUGCCAGGAAGGAGUGUGAGAAGGUUAAAGCCUUCGGUUGGUUUGAAGAGGACCAAGUGUGACUCCUCUUGCUGCAUCAUAAUCUGCUUGACAACUUUGUGUUGGAAACGGGUAGCUGGGAUGGAUGGAGCUGCUCGAGGUGUGGCCCCGACUUGCCCGCGUUGCUUGAAGAGCUGCUGCAUUGGGUUUUUGAACUCAUCUGUCAAUCAGCGACAAAAAGAGGGUUUGGGCACUUUGAGAAUUUUUGUAUUGAGUUUCGAAGCUUCUUUUAAGCCUUUCUUUUUUGAAGGUGCCACAAAGCUCUUGUUUAUUUUUGCUGCAAUAGGAUAUCAUGGCUACUGCUCAGAAUUGGAUUUGCUUCUUGGUGGACUUUUGUGUUUGUGUGUGUAUGUGUGUGAAAGCCCCCUCAUGCUGGUCCAGGAAGGGAUUUUGGGUGGGUCGAAGGCAGUCUUUGUAGUCUCUGCAAGGCCACACAUAGUGAGCAGAGCAACAGUCAGAAAAAAAGUCCACCCUUUGCAGGGUUUUUUGUGUAACAGCUGUGCUACUCUGGGUCAUCUUCCUUGUGGGUGCUACUGUGGGAAGGAGUAUCAGGGCGUCCGAUUCUGUGGCCUUGGGGUACAACAUCUUUAGCAUCCUUAAAUGUGAUCUCAGUACCUCUCGUCUCCACAUUCAGUCUUUCCAGCUUGGAAUUGGUGCAAAAUCUGAUCAUAAGCAAUCUAAGGGUAACACCAAGGAGAAAAAUAGCAACCAAAGCUCUCUGAAGAAGAAUAUAUCCCCUCUCUGGAAGAAUCCUUCUUCUGCUGCCUCUAAGCUACCAGGUUUGCCCACUUUGGGGAAAAACUGAUGUCCAAAGUCCCAGCACUACUCAUGCUUUUGGACUUCUUUGCAGUUUCUCCCCUGUGAUUUUUAAAAACUAAAAUGUAUCCUUAAGCGGAAGGAAGAGGUAGACAGGUUGGUAGAUACUGGCAGUCGAAAUGACCCCUUUGAGAAGGUCUUGACCUUGUUGAGCUGCAGCCCUCUCUUCAUUCCGAAAGCACCGUCUCUGGAUCGAAGUGCUUUGUGUUCUUUGUCCGUUUCUGCAGGGGAAGCCGGAUCCCACCAUUUCCCUUCAUGGGGCUCGCUCUAUACUGGCUUUGGCCUGUUUGCCCAGGUUCAUAACUACUCUCCCUCAGAAGCUUAUUCAAAUAACGGUAAAUUCUGAUGCUGGGAAAUGAUUGGAGAGACGAUGUUUGUGUCUUUGAUUUUGGAGGCUGUUGCCCUCUUGUUGGUACGAUAGCCAUUCUCUGGACCAGGACCACAAUUCCUGUGCCUCAUUAGGGCCCACCAGAUCCUUGCUGGGUGCUGCUCUCCAGCCUUUCUUUUCUAGCAGGGUCGUGGAGAGUCCUGUCCAAGGUCCUUGGGCUGUCAUGACUCUCAGCCUUGUUCUGUGGCUGCAGACUGGAAGCUGUGGCGAGGUCACGAGGUCAGCGCUCCAGCAGAGAUUCAGCGCUUGUCUGUCUGUAAACGUGGAGGUUCCCUUUGGUCACUGGCAGAUCCCUCCUCCGUGAAUCUUUUUUUUUUUUAAGUCAAAAUCAGGUUUUAUUGACAUUUCCAUAUAUCCAUAAACAAUAACUGACAGCAUAGUAUAUAUACAAGUAAUAAAACCCAUCCACCACCAAA